GGGAGUCAGCCCGACGUCAGUAGUAAACAGACAUCGCGAAGGACGCUGAGCGGGCCGUCGCUCGCCUCCCCCUGCCGCCCUUCCCUUCCUCCUGCUGGUCAUGACCUCCUCGGGCGUCGCUAGUGUGGAGUGCAAGUGCUGACCGAUCGAGACCUGGAAAGAUGUCGUCGUCGCCGGAGUUCCAGUUCGUGCCGCCGCCCGAGGCCCCCGUAUUUAAGCCGACCUGGGAAGAGUUUCAGGACGCGCUCGGCUACAUCAACAAGAUUCGGCCCAUCGCGGAGCAGUCCGGGAUCUGUAAAAUUAUUCCCCCGCCGGAUUGGCAGCCACCAUUUGCGGUUGAUGUUGACAAUUUCAAGUUCACUCCUCGCAUUCAGAGGCUCAAUGAACUUGAAGCACAUACGCGAAUCAAGCUUAAUUUUUUGGACCAAAUUGCUAAGUUUUGGGAGCUGCAAGGCUCAUCAUUGAAGAUUCCUGUUGUAGAGAGGAAAGCAUUAGACUUGUAUUCACUCCAUCGACAUGUGUGGAUGGAAGGUGGUAAUGACUGUGUCACCAAGGAGAGGAAGUGGAACAAGAUUGCCACGCGCAUGGGCUUCCCAAGCAACAAGAAUUUGGGCACCCUCCUGAAGGCUCACUAUGAACGCAUUCUCCACCCUUUUGAUAUCUUCAACAAGGGCAAAGGAAUUCCUGGCACAAAUAUAGGUGUGUGGAAGAAAGCUGGAUCUGCUUGUAGGAUUAUCUCAUGCAGAUCAAGGAACACAUUGUGGAGUGAUGUGGGUGGAUCAACCAGAUUUACUUCCUCAUACUUCCUACCUUCCACUGACAGAAAGGAAAAGACGGCAAAAGAAAAAAUAAUGCAGAAAAAUAGCCAGUGA